AUGGCAUCGCCUAUUUUGAAAGUCUUAUUAGCAACAUUGUUGAUUUUAGCUCUUGUAUUGCCUGAUUAUGUUAGUGAUGCUACAGAUCAACACCGAGGGAAAAACAAAAAACAUCAACAGCCAUGGAAAAAGAACCAUAAACGCAAUUGGAAAUGGAGAAAGGGUGGUAACAGACAUGGACAUGGUGGCAGACAUAGAAAUGGUGGAAGACAUAGACAUCGGCGAACACAACCAAAAACUUACAAUGAGUCUCCCCGAACUCCUACUGGUGGCUGGAAGAAAGCUCAUGCCACCUUUUACGAAGGCAACGCUAACACUUUCGGUGGGGCUUGUGGUUAUGAAGAUGUUAAUAAAGAAGGCUUCGGCAUUGGCACAGCAGCAUUGAGCACAGUUUUGUUUAAUAAUGGGGCAAGUUGUGGUGCUUGUUUUGAAAUCAAAUGUUGUGAUAGCCCUCAAUGGUGCAAGCCCGGAAAGCCUUCCCUUUUAGUCACUGGAACAAACCUUUGCCCUCCAAAUUUCCAACAAGAUAGCAACAAUGGAGGAUGGUGCAACCCACCACGUGAACAUUUUGAUAUAGCUUAUCCUGCAUUCUCUCAAAUUGCUGAGUAUAAGGCUGGUAUUGUCCCAGUUAAAUAUCGUAGGGUUCCAUGCAAGAAGCAAGGAGGUAUUCGAUUUCUAAUAACUGGGAAUUCUUACUACCAUAUGGUAUCAGUAUGGAAUGUUGGUGGAGCUGGAGAUAUCUCAAGCUUGGAGGUGAAGGGUGAUAACAAGUUGCCAUGGACCAAACUGAAACGAAAUUGGGGUCAAAAGUGGCAGACUGAUGCCAAGCUAUGUGGGGAGGCUCUCACCUUCAAAGUUGGAUUAAGUGAUGGAAAGGUUGUUAUUUUACCCCAUGUUUUCCCCAAAACUUGGACAUUUUCUCGAACUUUUGAGGGCAAGAACGUCGGUUAA